CGGCCGUCGAGGAGCCCCAGGAAGGCCCCAGACGGUCGACUGGAGCCCCCGAGACCCUUCAAGUAGCUCGUUCCGUAGCCAGUUUGGCUUCAGACAUUUGCGAUCGAGUCUCAUCGCCCGAGACCCAGCACAGCCUGCCAAUCGAAAUCAUACUCGCGGACCUUGUCUCUAGAUGGCGAUGAGGAUCUUCCUUGCUCUCUUCGCCCUGACGUCCGUGGCCUCUUCCCUGAAACUCCAAUCCGGAGAGUCGUCUGAAGAUGAGCUCGCGCCCGCAGCUCUGAGUCACAUCCUCUCCGAGGCGGAGGGGCUGCUGCAGGAGGCCGACGACGCACAGCUCCUGGCUGGCGGCGAGACGUCCCUCCUCAGCAUCGACGACGCGACCGACGAGGUGCCCGCCACGGAGGAAGCGUCGAGCCACGCCGCCGGCAUCGACCCCGAGCCUCAGGAGCAGGCCUCUGCCGCCAGCACCGGCACCGCGACCGUCGAUGCGCCCGCCGCGGAGGCUGCCCCGGACGCCCCGGUCGAGCGGGCGACGGAGGGCGCCAACGCCUCGGGGAACGCCUCGGAGGCGCAGGGCGACGAGAACCAGAGCAGGGCCAACCUGUCCACGUACUUCGACCCCAAGCUGAUGGCCAUCUUCCGCGAGAAGCAGGCGCACCUGAAGGAAACGAUGAAGGAUUUCAUGGUGUCGAAGAAGGAGCUGGACGUGGCCAAGCUGGCCGCGAACUUGGCGAUGAAGAAGCUGAGGUUGGCGACCGAGAAGCGGAGGAAGAUCCUGAUGGGCGAGAGGAUGGCUGAGGCCGAGGAGCGUCGGGCGAUCAAGGAGAACCGGCGACAGGCCAAGUCGGACAUGACAGCGCGCGCAGAGCAGUUGCUGGAGGACUCGUUGGGUGGUCUCGCGGGGGUCAACAUGAGCUAUAUGGUCGACGUCGUUCUGGCCCUGCCAGAAGCUUUGCAGGACGAGGAGUUUGUGGAGGACUUCCGCAACGUGACAAAGAGGGUGGACAUGAAUGUCCGGAAGUUUCUGGACCAGACCCAGCAGAAGACCACACAGUUCGUCAAAGACAGCACUUCCGCCUCCGACGUGGAGCUGCGCUUCAUUAUGGCGAAGUUCUUCCACGAGUCUGGCUUCCGCCUCCGAGGGCUCCACCAGGACAGCCUGAAGGCCAUCCAGAUGCUCAGGCGAACGGUGCCGGAGGACUUGGAGAGGGCGCUCUUCCCGUUCCUCGGGCAGCUGAACGCCAACACGGUCCGCCUCAGGAUCAAUGCCACCAGCUUGGCCACCGCCACCCCGAAGGAGGCGUGCGACCAGAUCACCCAGAUUAUGGCUAACGUCAGCGACUACGAUUCCAAGUUGGAGACCAUCGGCAAGGUGAUCGAGAACGUGUCCACGCGGGUACUGCCCAACAUGGAGAGGACGCUGCAGGUCUCCCCGAACAUCACCACCUUCGUGGGAUCGUUCCUGAACAUGGCGCGCCUUGAAGUGGGCGGCCUGCAGGAGGCGGCCCACAGCAUGGUCACUAGGGCCAGCCCCAUCAUCGCCGAGCGGGUGCAAUGUACCUUCAGCAGCGCGCGCCAGGGCAUCGGCCUCAGCUUCCUCAGCGCGGUCGUGGUGCUCGCGACCUCGUGGCUCCAUCAUUGAGAGGUUGGACUCUCGUUGCAUUUAGCGUUAGCGUAGGAGCUUCACGGUCCAUUACGAAUAGUUUUUGGUUUUGUCGCUUCAUUGACAAGGUGAUCGAGAUCGUUCUGAUUAUGCCAGUGCGGCAGGGAGCCAUCAUCGCCAAGAUUUCCAUUUGCGAAGAGCUUAACGCGUGGAGAGCGUGUCACGGAGAAACAAAUCAACAUAUACAUUAAGUAAUACCCUUCAAGUGGCUCCACAGCGGCCGAAAAGGUCUUUGAGACGGCCCUCUAUCCCGUCAAGGCGGCCCCAGAUGGCCUCCAGACAGCGCCAGGCAGCUGAUCCGACCACGGGCGAUAAUAAGGCCUACCCCCCCUUACC